CAAGGCUUUUCAGCCACAACACACCAAAAUGGAGUCAACUCGGGUGUUUGUCAGUGGUCUUCCGCCAUCCUGCUCUAAUGACCAGCUUCGCAGUCAUUUUGCAGGCCGCUUUCAGGUCACGGAUGCCCAUGUCUUGCCCAAGCGCCGCAUGGGCUUCGUUGGCUUCAAAAGCAAUGAAGUAGCCAAGGAAGCUGCAAGCUACUUCAACAGGACAUACAUGAAGAUGUCCAAGAUCUCGGUAGAUCUUGCUCGACCGAUUGAUUCCAAGUCAGACAGGGCUCACCCCACACGGAGACUUGAUGCAGUUGAGACCGCUGAGAAUGCGCUCAAGCGCAAGAGGGACGCCGAGAAGGCACAGGACCCCAAGCUGCAGGAGUAUAUGUCUUUGAUGCAUAACUCCAAGACCCGGACCUGGGCAAACGAUGACAUGAUCCCGCCAUCAGAGCAACCCACGCCGGCUAUUAACCAACCAACUGAGGAUACCAGUGUAACUGAGGAGCUGCCUUCACAUCCGAAGAAAGCUCGGACGCAAGAACCCUCUACUGGUGCUAGUAAGGAACAACCUCAGCCCAUGGCCGUGGACAGCGGGGCAGAUGAGGGUGAAGACACACCUGCACAGGAAGAGACAGAGGAGCCUGAAGAGGCUGGUCCUGUAUCAGAUGCAGACUGGCUCCGGUCUAAGACGAGUCGUCUCCUGGGUCUCUUGGACGAGGAUGAGCAGGUUGAUUUCGAACAACACAAAGCAGAGGAACCGACGGAGCCACCACGCCGGUCCAAUGUUGAAUCCCGCACUGCGGCAAUUGAGAACAUUGGGUCCGAGAAGAUCGUGUCUGAGCCCGUAACUAAUGAUGACGAUGUAGCUCAAGAAAUACCCGAGCGGGAAGAUCAGGAACCGAUCAAUGACCAAAACAUCGAUUUGAUUCGAGCUUCGGCGCGCCUGUUCCUCAGGAACUUGGCCUAUGACAUUAAAGAGGCUGAUCUCCAGCCACUCUUUGCUCCAUAUGGAAAACUCGAAGAGAUUCAUGUGGCUUUUGAUACUCGCACUGAAACCAGCAAAGGUUUCGCCUACGUGCAGUACGCAGAUGCGGAUGGGGCCGUCGAUGCCUAUCGAGAUCUUGACGGCAAGCACUUCCAGGGCCGAAUCCUACACAUCCUUCCAGCUUCCGAGAAGAAGACAUACAAGAUCGACGAAUAUGACCUGUCGAAGCUUCCUUUGAAGAAGCAAACCCAAAUCAAGCGGAAGAUGAAUGCCACAUCUUCUACUUUCAGCUGGAACUCCCUCUACAUGAAUUCUGAUGCCGUCAUGUCAUCCGUAGCUCAAAGAUUGGGUGUUUCCAAAUCAGACCUGCUAGAUCCUACAUCUUCAGACGCCGCUGUGAAGCAGGCACAUGCUGAGACACAUGUUAUUCAGGAGACAAAGGCAUACUUCGCUGCCAACGGAGUAAACAUUGAUGCUUUCAAGCACCGGGAACGCGGAAACACGGCAAUGCUGGUGAAGAACUUUUCCUACGGUGUUAAAAGCGAGGAGCUUCGGAAGCUGUUUGAUCCUUACGGUCAGGUUAUCCGAUUGUUGAUGCCGCCAAGUGGCACAAUCGCCAUUGUCGAGUUUGCGAAACCCGAUGAGGCGCAGAAGGCGUUCAGGGGUCUAGCCUACCGCAAGAUGGGUGACUCCAUUCUCUUCUUGGAAAAGGCACCCAAGGACUUGUUCGAUCCCAACGUGGCCCCGAAGAACGUCGCUCUUGAGACAAAGGGCAAGGGCCAAGGCUUCUCCACAUCCGAUACCUUUGCGGCAGAUGAAACCGAAGGCGCAUUUACGACCACCCUUUUCGUGAAGAACCUGGCCUUUUCGACCAACAACGAGAAGUUUCUGGAGGUUUUCCGGCCGCUGGACGGCUUCGUCACCGGUCGUAUCAAGACCAAGCCCGACCCCAAGAAACCCGGUCAGACACUCAGCAUGGGCUUCGGCUUUGCAGAGUUCAAGACCAAGGCUCAAGCCCAGUCGGCACUCGCCGCCAUGAAUGGGUACAAGCUGGACGGACACGAACUGUUGAUCCGCGCGUCUCACAAGGGCAUGGAUGCCGCGGAAGAGCGGAGGCGGGAAGAUACCGCCAAGAAAAUUGCGGCGAGAAGAACCAAGAUCAUCAUCAAGAACUUGCCUUUCCAGGUUACCAAGAAAGACAUCCGGUCACUGUUCGGUGCCUACGGUCAGCUGCGGUCCGUCCGUGUGCCGCAGAAGUUCGAUCGCUCUGCGCGUGGUUUCGGUUUUGCGGACUUUAUCAGUGCUCGCGAGGCGGAGAAUGCCAUUGACGCGUUGAAAAACACGCAUCUCCUGGGCCGACGACUGGUUCUGGAAUUCGCGAACGAGGAGGCUGUCGAUCCCGAGGAGGAGAUCGCGAGGUUAGAAAAGAAGGUAGGGGAGCAGGUGGACAGGGUCAAGCUCCAACAGCUUACGGGCUCCGGGCGAAAGAAAUUCACUGUAGGAGGCCAGGAGGAGGAAGCAUGA